AAGCAACACCAGCAACAGCAGCAACAAGAGGCCAUAAUGCAGCAAGCUCUGCUUCAACAGCAGCAACAGCACAUGUACCAUCCUGGUGUUCUUGCAGCUGCUAUGUCUCAGAUGGAGCCUAUCCCAAGUGGAAAUUUGCCUCCAGGCUUUGACCCGUCCACAUGCCACAGUGUGUAUGUCGGAAAUAUUCAUGUUAAUGUCACCGAGAAGCUUCUUGCUGAAGUUUUCCAGAGCGUUGGUCCUCUUGCAGGAUGCAAACUCAUUAGAAAGGAUAAGUCGUCAUAUGGAUUUGUUGAUUACCUUGAUCGAACUUCUGCAGCCCUUGCAAUAAUGAGUUUACAUGGACGCCAACUUUAUGGCCUGGCACUUAAGGUGAACUGGGCAUAUGCCAAUAGCCAGAGGGAAGAUACUUCAGGGCACUACAAUAUAUUUGUUGGUGAUCUUAGUCCAGAGAUUACAGAUGCAACUUUAUUUGCUUGCUUCUCGGUCUAUCCUAGUUGUUCUGACGCAAGGGUCAUGUGGGAUCACAAAACUGGCCGCUCAAAAGGAUAUGGAUUUGUAUCUUUCCGUAACCAGCAGGAUGCUCAGAGUGCUAUCAAUGAUUUAUCGGGUAAAUGGCUUGGAAACAGGCAAAUAAGAUGCAACUGGGCAACUAAAAGUGCUAGUUCCAGUGAAGAAAAGCAGAGUAAUGACACACAAAAUGCAGUUGUACUGACAAAUGAAUCUUCAGAUGGAGGUCAGGAGAACUCCAAUGAAGAGGCCCCAGAAAAUAAUCUAGCAUAUACGACUGUCUAUGUUGGCAACCUUCCCCAUGAGAUCACUCAAGCUGAACUUCACAGUCAGUUUCAUGCUCUUGGGGCUGGGGUUAUUGAGGAAGUGCGAGUGCAGAGGGAUAAAGGUUUUGGAUUUGUGAGAUACAACACCCAUGAUGAAGCUGCCAUAGCCAUCCAAAUGGGUAAUGGCAGGAUAAUUCGUGGAAAGUCUAUGAAGUGCUCAUGGGGUAGCAAGCCGACUCCACCUGGGUUACCUUCAAAUCCUCUACCACCCCCUGCUCAACCCUAUCAGAUCCUUCCAAACGCUGCAAUGAACCAAGGCUAUUCUCCAGCUGAGUUGUUGGCUUAUAGGCGUCAACUUGCCUUGAGUCAAGCUGCCAUGAGCUCUGGUGGAAGCCAACCUAUGUAUGAGGGAUAUCCUAACACUUCAUCUGGUCACCAGCUCAUGUAUUAUCCUUGAGCAGACCAGCUUGGGUUUUUUCACCCAAUUAAUUGUGCCAUUUGUUCCUCUUUGAUCUUAUCAGUACUAGUAUUUUCUUGUUGUUUUCUUUUCUUUUUCCUUUUUCGAGUUGUUCUUCAGUCCAUAAUCAGUUACAUGAAUUUUGAUCUCCUAUGUUGUAUCAUGUAAUACGUGGUUAGAAAUUGGAAUUUUUCCCUUUUAUGAUAUGUGAUACUUGUUAUAAAUAUAAAUUUGGGUUAAAGUUACCAGAAGAUGAUCCAU